CAACACUCCCCGUCUUGCCACUAAAAUCCCCCACCACUAAGUUUUGCCCCAUUUCUCCUUUCUUAUCAUUUUCAGUUCCGAGCUCAAUUGUGUUUUCCGUUCAUGCACCGAACGCCGCCUGCAAAUUGGGCAUAGGUUUCUUGUCCCUUUGCUUACCCCAGAUAUAAUAUUGGAUCCACAGCAGCUGCCUGCUUUGGAGACCAUUCGUCGUUAGUGUGAGUGUCGGGAUGGAGUCUGAGGACGACAUAAUUGACGACUUGGUUUCGAUGGAAGACGAUUUUUACAGCGGCGAUUUUAGCGAUUAUUACGACGACCCUAACGAUGAGGAUAACGAUUACUACUCUGAUGGUGAUGAUGAUUAUGGUUUACUUGAAGACGACGAGGAUGAUCAAGAGGCCGUCGUUUCUCGUCGCGACCAGCUAGGGUAUACUGUUUUGAAGGAAGCAGAUAUAAAACAACGACAGGAGGAUGACAUUUCUAAAGUUUCUACUGUUCUUUCAAUAUCAAGAGUUGACGCAACCCUUUUGCUCCGUUAUUAUAAUUGGAGUGUCAGUAAAGUGCAUGAUGAAUGGUUUGCUGAUGAAGAAGGAGUACGGCAAACUGUUGGAUUGUUGGAGACACCAGUUGUUCAAGUAUCCAAUGCUAGAGAACUUACUUGUGGGAUUUGUUUUGAAUCUCUCCCGCGUGACAAUAUUACUUCAGCUGCUUGUGGUCAUCCUUUUUGCCGGACUUGCUGGCAAGGCUACAUUUGUACAACCAUUAAUGAUGGUCCUGGAUGUUUAUCACUAAGAUGUCCUGUUCCAUCUUGUAAUGCUGCCGUUGGCCAAGAUAUGAUUGAUAAAUUGGCAACUAUUGAAGAAAAGAAAAAGUAUUCUCGUUAUCUACUUAGGUCUUAUAUUGAAGACAACAGGAAGACCAAAUGGUGUCCUGCUCCAGGGUGUGAAUUUGCUGUUGAUUUUGCUGUCGGCGGUGGAAAUUUUGAUGUCUCCUGCAUUUGCUCACGUAACUUUUGUUGGAAUUGUACGGAAGAAGCUCAUCGUCCUGUUGACUGUAAUACUGUGGCAAAAUGGAUUUUAAAGAAUAGUGCAGAGUCAGAAAAUAUGAAUUGGAUACUAGCUAAUUCCAAGCCUUGUCCCAAGUGCAAGCGUCCAAUUGAAAAGAACCAAGGGUGUAUGCACAUGACAUGCACGCCACCUUGUAAAUUUGAGUUUUGCUGGUUAUGCCUUGGCACGUGGUCAGAACAUGGUGAGAGAACUGGUGGUUUCUAUGCUUGUAAUCGUUAUGAAGCAGCUAAGCAAGAGGGAGUGUAUGAUGAGGCUGAAAGAAGGCGAGAAAUGGCAAAGAAUUCCUUGGAGAAAUACACUCAUUAUUAUGAGCGCUGGGCGAGCAAUCAAUUGUCAAGGCAGAAGGCUCUUGCAGAUUUAAAUCAGAUGCAAACUGUGCAGCUCGAGAAGCUUAGUGACUUACAAUGCACACCUGAGUCUCAGCUUAAGUUUAUAACAGAGGCAUGGCUUCAGAUAGUUGAAUGUAGACGAGUUCUCAAAUGGACUUAUGCGUAUGGGUAUUACCUUCCUGAGCACGAGCAUGCUAAGAGACAGUUUUUUGAGUACUUGCAAGGGGAGGCGGAGUCUGGUUUGGAAAGGCUUCAUCAGUGUGCUGAGAAGGAAUUGAAUAAAUUCAUUCUUUGUGAUGGCCCAUCAAAGGAGUUUGAUGAGUUUCGUGCAAAGUUAGCUGGGCUGACUAGUGUGACGAAGAAUUACUUUGAGAAUUUGGUUAGAGCGCUUGAGAAUGGGCUAGCAGAUGUGGACUCCCAGGCUGUUGCAGCUUGCAGUAAGACAACAAGCUCGAAAAAUUUGGGAGGGACUAGCAAGGGGCGAGGGGGCAGGGGAAAAGGGAGUUCUAAAACUGGUGGCUCCAGCAGAAAUGUAGAUGAUACAAGUAAUUAG